GAAGCAUUUUACAAUAGUUCCAACCGCGUUGUACUACUGAAUUAUGGCAUUCGUAUCGUAUACAUUUACAGCCGUUUUGGUAACCACUGGUCUACCAAUUGUUUUCGUUCGGUCGAGGAAUUCAAGUGUGUGUGUGCAUAUGUGUUAGUGCGUGCGUGCGUUCGUCGUUGCGUUCGUGUUUAUGGUAGUGUGUGUACAUAAUGCAUAUGUAUGUAUGUUGUGUGUGUGUGUUUGCUCGUAAAUAAAACAAUUCUCUCGCGAUAAUUAAAACAUUCCACUGGACUACAACCACUACUGGAGACGAAAAGAGAAGAAAAAAAAAUUAAUAUCUAAUCACACUAAAGCCGUUAAAAUAUUUUAUUGGUUAAUUUUUUUUCUACUACACUUCUUGGUUUUCGGUUUCCCGUCGACGGCAAUUUACAGGAGUGACGGUGUGCACUGAGUAGCUGCAGUCUGUAGUGGUCGUCAGUGGUCACUAGUCAGUUGUGGACAGUGGUCGUCACCACCGCCCAACGACGGUAUUAUCGCCAGUGAAAAGAUAUUAAGAGUAAAAUAUUAACAUCAUCAUCAUUCAUCGUCUUCACCAGACGUCGUCCGUGAACUGACGACUGACGUGCACGCUCGAUGCUCAGUGACCGUGUGCCGUCCAAAAACAAGAUAGGGUAGGUAGGCGGUGACUCGUCAGUGAGUGUACGUGUGUGUGUAGGUAGUCAGACAUCAGCAUCUCUCUGUGGCCCGUGCAACAGUGACUACUCCGUGCUAGAAAGUGUGCUAAGCUAGUACACUGUAUCCAUCACCCACUCUGCUAGCCACCCGUCGGAUGUCUGGGUGCUGGACGCUAUGAAAGAACUCAACCGCUCAGCGUCCACCAAGAAGAAACCGAUCAACAGUUCAAAUGGUAUGAUCAGAAAGGUGUCGUCGCUGUUCAGCUUGGACGCCCAAAUGAACGGCAACGCCAAGCCUGAAUGGAUUGUCGACGAGAUCGUCUUAGAAAGAGGCGACUCGGGACUGGGUUUCAGCAUAGCUGGCGGUACAGACAAUCCACAGACCGACGACGAUACAUCCAUAUUUAUUACAAAAAUUAUUCCUGGAGGGACAGCCUACCGAGACGGUCGGUUAUGUGUCAAUGAUAUCAUCACCAAAGUCAAUGAUACACCUGUUGUUGGUGUGCCUCAUUCGACCGCAGUAGAUGCACUCAAACGAGCUGGACAUACAGUUACAUUAUGUGUAAAACGCAAAAAAAACAUAUUGCCUUUAGGUCCAAAUAUCUUAGAAAUAGAACUCAGUAAAGGCACCAAGGGAUUAGGAUUCAGUAUUGCUGGUGGGAUUGGCAAUCAACACAUACCUGGUGAUAAUGGGAUUUUUGUUACUAAAAUAAUGGAUGGAGGAGCUGCCCAAGUAGAUGGUAGAAUAUCAGUAGGUGAUAAAUUAGUUGCAGUCAAGAACACUCUUCUUGGUGAUCGUAAUUUAGAAAAUGUAACACAUGAAGAAGCCGUAUGGACAUUAAAAAAUACUCGUGAAAAAGUGUUAUUGGUCAUUGGUAAAACUGAACCAAUCACAUACACAGAUUCUGCACCAUCACCAAUCAUCAUUGACACCAUUCCAAAUUCAUAUUCUACAGAUACAUUAAAUACUGUAAAAAGUUAUGAAAGCUUACCAAACAAUGAUAUAAGGACAGUAGUGUUACAUAAAGGUUCAGGAGGAUUAGGAUUUAACAUUGUUGGUGGUGAAGAUGGAGAAGGUAUAUUUAUAUCAUUCAUUCUUGCUGGAGGUCCAGCCGAUCAAACUGGACAGUUAAAAAGAGGAGACACUAUUCUUAAAGUAAAUGAAGUUAGUUUAGAAAAUGCAACACAUGAAGAAGCAGCUGAUGCCCUUAAAAAUGCUGGACAAACCGUCUUAUUAACAGUUCAACAUCGACCCAAAGAUUAUAACAGGUUUGAAGCUAAAAUUCAUGAAUUAAAAUCUCAACUUGCUGCUUCUACUGGCACAUUGAUUCGCACUACUCAGAAAAAAACAUUGUAUGUCCGUACUCUAUUUGAUUAUGAUCCAUCCAGUGACGAUGGCCUACCUAGUAUUGGACUACCGUUCAAAUAUGGUUCCAUUCUUCAUGUAACUAAUGCAAGUGAUGAUGAAUGGUGGCAGGCACGAAAAGUCUUAGCUACUGGUCGAGAAGAAGGUAUUGGCAUUAUACCAUCCAAACGUCGAUGGGAGCGUAAACAAAAAGCCCGUGAUAGAUCUGUAAAAUUUCGAGGAAACGAAAGCAAAAGUUUAGAUAGGUUAUCAACAUUAGAAAGAAAAAAAAAGUCUAUGACCUUUAGUAGAAGAUUCCCUUGGGUGCGAAGAGGUAAAGAUGGUAAAUAUGAAAAUGGUCUUGAUGAUAUGGUUUUGCAAAGGCAGUCUAGAGAAAAUAUAUGUGAAAAAGUUGAAGAAACUCCUUCUUAUGAAGCAGUGGUUCGGCUUCAAAUCUCCUAUACACGACCUGUUAUUAUACUUGGUCCAUUAAAGGAUAAAAUCAAUGAUGACCUAAUUUCAGAAUAUCCAGAACGUUUUAGUUCCUGUGUUCCCCACACAACACGAGAAAUUAGACCAGAUGAAGUUGAUGGUCGUGAUUAUCAUUUUGUAAAAUCUCGUGAACAAAUGGACCUUGACAUUCAAAAUCAUUUGUUCAUUGAAGCUGGACAGUUCAAUGGUAAUCUAUACGGUACAUCCGUUUCAUCUGUCCGUCAUGUAGCUGAAUCGGGUAAACAUUGUAUACUUGAUGUGAGUGGUAAUGCCAUUAAAAGACUUCAAGUUGCUGGGUUACAUCCUAUAGCAAUAUUCUUCAAGCCAAAGAGUGUAGAAGCAUUAAUGGAAAUGUGCAAGCGUAUGAGCGAAGCAGAAGCAAGAAAACACGUAGAACGGGCAGCUAAAAUAGAACAAGAAUUUGGUGAUCAAUUUACAGGCAUAGUGCAAGGUGAUACAUAUGAAGAAGUUUAUGAUAAUUUAAAAGCAAUGAUUGAAAGAAAUUCCGGUAGACACAUUUGGGUAUCUUCUAAAGAGAAAUUAUAAACCAUAAGACCAAUUAUAAUAUUUUAGACAGAUUUAUAACAAAAGAAAUGAUUGACGCUUACUUGUUAUCAGGGGUACGAUUUUUAUGUACUUCCAUCAAUUGUUUUUUUGUUUGUCAUUAAUUGUUAUGUUUCUAUUAUGUAAAUGAAUUUUAUUGAACUCUGCAUUUAAUAUUGUAGAACUACUUAAGCAUUCUAAAAAAUAUUAUGGUGGAUGGGUGUAAAAAAAACCUCUAGCUUAAUUUAUCCGUAUUUUUCUUUUUUUGGCAACUAUUUUAAUUUAUGAUUGAAAUGUAGUCUAGUCUUAAUUCUGUACUUGUUACAAUUUCUAUUUGAAAAUUAAUUAUUGUUGAUAUCUAUCAUUUUUUUUUUAUCUAUAACGCAAAAGCCGUGCCAAAGUUCCUUUAAUCAAAUUUAAGUUUAAAUUUAUAGUUAAAAUAUAUAUAUGUACAUAUAUAUAUAUAUUUGUGCAAUUAGAACUAAAUCAAAUUCCUGCUCAAUAUCUCUUUUCUUAUUAAGUAUAAAUAUCUWUUUUUUUCAUAUUUUAAAAUUUAUUUUCCUUAUCAAUUGUAUUAUUUUCAAACUUAAUUUUGUUACAAUAAUCACGUGUCUAACAUGUAGUAGUGCCUUUUUAGUUAUUAUUUAUUUGGAUAUUUAAAUU